GCCGGGGCCGCGCGCGCGCGAUGGCGGCCCUGGGACGCGCGCGCUGGGCCCCCCGCCCGCGCGUCGGCCGCGCCCUCUCCGCCCGCGCCCACCGGCUCGCGGCCGAGCGCGGCGCCGAGCGUCGGGAGACGGCGCCGAGCCGGGCCUCCGGCUUCUGCCCGCCAAGGAAGUCCCGCCACGAUUGGAUAGGACCCCCGGAUAAAUACUCAAACCUUCGGCCUGUUCACUUCUACAUCCCUGAAAACGAAUCACCGCUGGAACAGAAGCUGAGACAGCUGAGACAGGAAACACAAGAAUGGAACCAGCGGUUCUGGACCGAGCAGAACCUGGCUUUCCGGAGGGAGAAGGAAGAAUUCAUCCACUCGCGGCUGAAGGCCAAAGGCCUGGCUCCGGGCUCUGGGUCAGGCGCCAAAGCUUCACUGAGCGCAGAGGAAAUGGCCGACUUCUAUAAGGAGUUUCUCAGUAAGAACUUCCAGAAGCACGUGCUGUAUAACAGAGACUGGUACCGGCGCAACCUGGCCAUCACCUUCUUCAUGGGCAAAGUGGCCCUGCAGAGGGCAUGGCGCUGGCUCCGCCCGAAGCCGGAGAAGACGGGCACCUAGGACCCGCACACCUAGACACACGGAUGCAGCGGGCUGGCCCCGCGCCUCUGAGCCCGGCUGGGUGCCAGGCCCUGGGGCACAUCGUGGCCUCUCGAGGGCCGAGGUGCUGGGCAGCGCCUCAGGCCACGUGUGAGCCCCACGGAAAUAAAUGAGUCCAUGAA